UAGAAUGUGUAUAUAUCUGUAGAUUUGUAUUUGCACCUCAGAAAUUAAACAGGCCUGGCCUGUCAUUGUGUACAUGUCAUCUGAGUGAAAGAGUGGAAUGUUCGAGAAUUCUUGUUUCCGCAUGCGCAAACAAGAAUUCUCGAAUAUUUUCCUGACGCCCACACCAACCACACUGUCACAAGGAACUGAACAGUCAAUGAUACCCGUAACCAGGCUCCUGAUAACAAUAUUCAACACACCCAGAACUUAACGUACCCUUGCGUUGUGGAGUUUGUGAUACACCAGCGUUGUUUGAAGAUUUGAGUGACAUAGUGAAAGGAAAAACAAAGCAAGAAAAAAGACCUUCCUGUGAUAAUGGCCUACGGACCAGGGAGCUGUAGCCCGUCAACAUUCCUAACAAAAGGGAGAUGGAGAGAUGAACUGAACGGUGAAUUUAACAAAACGAUACUUUAUAAAGAUAUGGAAGCAAGACUAAAUGAUGAAUAUGCAAAAAGGACAGUUUACCCUCCUAAACACCUCGUCUUCAAUGCAUUCAAUCUAACGCCAUUAGAAAAGGUGAAAGUUGUCAUCAUCGGACAGGAUCCGUACCCUACAUUCGGCAAGGUGAAAAAAUCCUUUCUUGCAGCAAAGAAUCCGUGCCCUACAUUCCCCAUGGCCAUGGGGUUGUCCUUUUCUGUGCCAAAGAUGUUCGAAAUUCCGCCAUCGUUGUCGAACAUCUUUCGGAAUUUAGAAAAAGAAAUUCCGAACUAUAUUAUUCCUAGCCACGGAAAUUUGGAAGAGUGGGCAGACAGGGGAGUGCUUCUCCUCAAUGCUACACUAACAGUUGCACCCAAUGACGCUAAUUCACAUUCGAAGUAUGGCUGGAAGAUAUUCACUGAUCGUGUCAUCCAAAUUAUCAACGACAAAUGUGAUAAGGUUGUGUUCCUGCUUUUGGGAGAAGACGCACACAAAAUGGAAACAAAAAUCGACCCAAAACACCGUGCAGUCAGAGCUCCACAUCCGGUAUAUUACACUUUCAAGGAUUGUCAGUGUUUCGCAGAGGUUAACCGAGUCCUAUGUGAUUUAGGCAUCGACGAAAUGGACUGGUCACUAACAGACGAAUUGAGUUUUUGAAAAAAAAUGUUUUUAAAAAAUCAAACGUUUACAACUGAAGGUUGUUUUCAUGUAGGGCUGUAUAUAAAUGAAAGAAAAACAAUUAAAAUCACAUCUAAGAUUACAUAAUUCAAAGAAUAUAUCAAAUAUAUCAAAUAGCAGAAAAUUGAACUUAAAACGUUCUUUAGAGUAUUCUUAAUUGUAUGUAAGUAAAAUGUUUUCAUUUUCAAUGCUGGCGUUUUUGUUCCUAUAAUUCUGCGAUACAAGUUUAUAAUCGUGUUGUUCGCUGGGACUUUUUUUUGAAAGAAAACCCGAUUUUUGAUUAAAGGAGAUAGACGGAGGGUGGAUUGCAUACACGCUUAAAUGCUUCGUUGACAAUAUCUUUGUGGAGUUUGAUGUAUAGAGUUUCAAACAGACUAUUGAUUUAUCCUAGAGAACAAACUCUGUCUUUUCCUUUACCAACAUGUCUUGUUUUCUACGGAGUCGGACUAUAGGAAACUUGUCAUAUGGAAGGUCGUUCAUGUUUAAAAUUAAAUAACUUAUGCUAACGCUUUAAAUAGUAAAGAUAGUUUAAAUUCAUCUACAGCUUCGUAAAGUCACAGGCGUCCGCUUUUGGUUAGUAUCAAUAGAAAAAAUAUAUAAGUCCCUACUCCUAUUACAUCAACAAUAUGUAAUGCUUGAAGAUCUACGAUACAUCGACUGUGGAGUAAAAGAAGACUUGUUUGGUCGACAAUUAUACAUUGCAUUGUUAAUAGAGCAGUCGACCAAUCAGAUUGCCCCUUGCAUACCAACCCUAAAAUAUACAAAUUAUUUCCGUUCCACAGUCGAUGCAUCGUCGGCUAUCACGACCGCUUUUGAUUUAGUUUAUCAUCUUUAAAUCAUUGUCACACGACAGAAGAAUGGCAUGCAUUGAUAUUUAAGGACUCUCAAUCAAGUUGAGUCACUCAAGUUUGUGUGCAAUUGAUAUUUUAGUCGUAGUGAACUCAAAUUCAAAGACAAUCGAAGCUCAUCCCACACUUCCAUUUUUUAGAGCGUUACACGUUGUUGAUAUAGUAGGAGUAGGAGCUUUAUAUCUAUUUUAUUUUCUAUCAAUGCUAACCAGAGGCAGACGCCUGUGGUAAGGUGAACGAGUUAAAACUCGUAGAUAUGUUUUUGCGGUUUUUAUUUGGUUAACCCCACAUUAGCUUAUUAUUUUAUGAGUGAUCAAAGUGAUAUUUUAUGUGUUUUUGGUAUAUUGUAUCUCAUAAUAUUCUAAUAUCACUUUUUAGUAACUAAUAAAUGAUUUGUCACCCUCUGUUAGGGUGACCUUAGUUAUUCAA